UGACAUGACUGUCCGAAUCGCAGAACUGACUGUCUGAAGAGUGCGGGCUGCUUUCGGGACUAAUUUUUUAAACAAUUUUUUGGCGUGUUAAUCGCAGGUCAGUCAGCCAGGAAGAGCCAGGGGUUCGCAAGCGAAGGGCCUUCGCAACUUUCAGAUGGCCACGCUCGAGGAUAAGUCUAUCUGGGAGGAUGGAGAGGAAACAUUGGGAGAAGACGUCCUGCGAAUGUCCACGGACGAAAUCGUAUCACGUACGCGACUUUUGGAUAACGAAAUCAAGAUAAUGAAGAGCGAGGUGAUGCGGAUUUCGCACGAGCUUCAGGCGCAGAACGAUAAGAUCAAGGAGAACACAGAGAAGAUCAAAGUGAACAAAACCCUCCCAUACCUGGUAUCCAAUGUCAUCGAGCUAUUGGACGUCGAUCCGCAGGACAUGGGGGAGGAAGACGGAGCGGUGGUCGAUUUAGAUGCGCAAAGGAAGGGCAAAUGCGCGGUCAUAAAGACGUCGACUCGCCAGACGUAUUUUUUGCCCGUGAUCGGACUGGUCGACGCCGAAUCGCUGAAGCCAGGUGACUUGGUGGGUGUCAACAAAGACAGUUAUCUCGUGCUGGAGACUCUGCCGGCCGAAUACGAUGCCAGAGUCAAGGCUAUGGAAGUAGAUGAGAGACCUACAGAGCAGUACUCUGACAUCGGUGGGCUGGACAAGCAAAUUCAGGAGCUUAUCGAGGCUGUUGUGUUGCCUAUGACACACAAAGAGAAGUUCGAGAACCUGGGAAUACAGCCCCCUAAGGGCGUUCUGCUCUACGGCCCACCUGGAACCGGAAAGACUUUACUAGCUAGAGCCUGCGCCGCCCAAACAAAAUCUACCUUCCUAAAACUGGCUGGCCCGCAACUAGUACAGAUGUUCAUCGGCGAUGGUGCCAAGUUGGUCAGAGACGCGUUUUCGUUGGCCAAGGAGAAGGCUCCGGCGAUAAUAUUCAUCGAUGAAUUAGACGCUAUCGGCACAAAACGUUUCGAUUCGGAAAAGGCGGGAGACAGGGAGGUACAACGUACGAUGUUGGAGCUGUUGAAUCAAUUGGACGGCUUCAGUUCGACCGCCGACAUCAAAGUUAUCGCCGCUACGAACAGAGUCGACAUCUUGGACCCAGCCCUGUUGCGUUCCGGACGCUUGGACAGAAAGAUCGAGUUCCCGCAUCCCAACGAGGAAGCCAGAGCGCGCAUCAUGCAAAUUCACUCACGUAAAAUGAAUAUGUCGCCUGAUGUAAAUUUCGAAGAAUUAUCCAGAUCCACGGAUGAUUUUAACGGAGCACAGUGUAAAGCUGUUUGCGUAGAAGCGGGUAUGAUAGCAUUACGACGGAACGCAACAGAAGUUACUCACGAAGAUUUGAUGGAAGCUAUUAAUGAGGUCCAAGCGAAAAAGAAAGCAAAUCUGAAUUAUUAUGCUUAAUACGCCGUGUCGCUUUAUUUAUUUAUUAAGAUAUCUUUUGUAUAAUAAUAAAUAUAGAAAUGUCUAACCUUCA